UUGACCCGCCAGACUAAAUGAAGUGGUAGGACCGGGCCAGAUCGUGCCAAAAAGGUAUUGGGGCAGGGUCGGAUCCAUGCCGGUCGGGCCCAACCCGGCCCGAUUGGUAUUCCUGCGUUUUGUGUUUUCAUUUCUUCCCCAGUCUCUCUGCAGCUAAGUUUAAUCUCUCUGAGUCUCUGUGACUGAGGUGUGUCAUUCACUUCUCCAUAUUUUCUUGUUUGCUAAAAUGGAGUCUACCACCUUAUCCUGCUAUUCCUUCUUUUUUUACGUUUCAAUAUAUCCUCCAUUUUAGGGGGAUGCCGUCGCUUUCAACUUUCCGGGCAAAGAAAAUGUUGUGGCGGCAUUCAUGGAAGGCACCCCAAAAAAUGAUGUUUUCAUUGCUACCCUUUAUGUCAAAUCGUUACCUGUCAUCGCAAAAGGUAUGUGCAACUCACACUACCCAUAAAAUUUUCAGGGAAAAUCUUGAUCGAGAAGAUUUUCUCGACGGGAGGAAAGUUACUCUAAGUUAUUGUUCGGUACAUUCCACAUUAUUGAAUUGUUCAUCUGAUUUGAUUUCCUUGAGUUUCUUCUUGUGGUGUGCCAAAAAGCCUAGUUUUUUUCAUGAUAGAGUAACCAUUGAGCAUAUGGUUGGAGUGGUAAGCCGUCUUGUGGAAAGGUACAAAACAGUGAAAAGGAUUGUUUGGGAGCUGGAGAAUAUUGGGUCUCUUGCUAAAGCUAGUACGUUUUUGCUUUUGUUGAGGAUUUGUUGGAAUGGAGGGAUGAAUAAUUUGGUACUUGAGGUGUUCGAUGAAAUGUCUAGCAAUGGUUUUACACCAAACACAUUUGCACGCAAUGCUAUCAUUGAUGUGUUGUUCAAAACUGGUCAUGUUGAGUCAGCUAUUAAAGUUUGGAGGGAAACUGAAGCCCCUAAUUUUUUGACCUUUAAUAUUGCAUUGUGUAAUUUGUGUAGUUUGAAAGAAUUGUUUCUUGUUACAGAGACUUUUAGGAAGAUGUUACGAAUGGGGUUUUAUCUGAAUUUGGAGACGUAUGAAAAGAUAUUAAGUUGCUUUUGUAAAGUGGGUAAGUUAGUUGAAGCAUAUCAAGUAUUGGGUCUAAUGAUUGCUUUUGGAGUCCCUGUGUCUAUAAAUAUUUGGAGUAUACUGAUUGAUGGGUUUUGUAGACUGAGAAGAUUUGAUAUGGCAAUAGAAUUGUUAGGAAAGAUGGUUGGGGCUGGUUUAUCUCCUACUGUUGUAACAUAUACAAGUUUAAUAAGAGGAUUUUUGAAAUCCAAUAUGGUUAAUGAUGCUUUAAUUAUAUUACACCUAAUGGAAUCUAGAGGGUUCAGUCCUGAUUUGGUUCUUUGUAAUGUACUACUUGACCGAUUUACAAAGUUGGGGAGAUAUGACGAUGCCAUUGAUGUUUUUGAUGAUAUGUUGAAACGAAAAAUAGCCCCAGAUUGUUACACUUUUUGUUCUUUGUUAUCCCCAUUAUGUUUAUCUGGGAGGUUUUCUCUUGUGCUGAAGUUAGUCUCUGGACUUGUAGUUGAAGCUGACCAAAAGUUAUGUAACUCACUUUUAAGUUACUUUUGUAAGGCUGGGUUUCCAUGCCUUGCUAUUAAGUUGUAUGACGAUAUGCAAGACAGAGGUUUACAGCCAGACGAGUAUACUUUUGCGGCUUUACUAAGUGGGCUGUGUAGAUCAAGAAGAAUUGACCAAGCUAUUAAUGUGUACCACUGGAUUUUGCUGAACUACCACACUCAAGAUCCUCAUAUCCAUACAAUAGUUGUCGAUGGGCUAAUAAAAGCAGGGAAGUCUCAUGGAGCCAUUAGAGCAUUUAGGAAGGUAGUUGAAGAUGGCUACCCACUUGAUGUUGUAUCAUAUACGGUGGCUAUCCAUGGACUUUUAAGGGGUGGUAGAACUGAAGAGGUUUGGUCAUUGUAUAGCCAGAUGAAGGAGGUUGGUAUAGCUCCUAAUGUAUAUACAUAUAAUAUAAUGCUCUGUGGUUUCUGUAAAGAGAAAGAUAACAGAAAGGUACAAUGGAUACUAGAAGAAAUGAUUGCUGCAAGGAUAGAACUGAACUAUGGUAAUUUCAGCCGAUUAUGUAGUUUCUUCUGUAGUUCAUACCAUUCUAAUUCUAUUAUUGGCCAAUUAAUCAAGAUGAAAGAUUUGGGUUUGAUGCCGGCCAAAGCCGUACAUAUAUUAAAUCGGCAUGUCCAAGUUGUCAAGGUAGAUGAGGAUAAUAUCAAGAUUGUGGAUGGUAAUUUGGAUGACAAUCUACUUGUUGACACCUCAGGCUCUGAAGACCUUUCUGAUGUGGCUGCUUUAAUGGCUUGAGGAGUAAUCAGUGAAGAAGAUUAUUAUGGCUUGAGGAGUAAUCAGCCAAGAUUUUAAAGCCACUUCAAUGUUUCUUUCUGGUUUGGUUCUAUUGUGAGCACCUAAUAUCUUAUGCUUUUAGUACAAGUGAUUCUACUUGAGGUAUUUUUUUCUACUCUCUUUUUAUUAUUGAAUUAUGAGUUAACAAAAGUACCAUGGACUGUGUUUUUGCUAUUGUACUCACCUGCUGCAACUUACAUAGGCUCUAUUAAUUUGAAUGUCAUUUCAUGUCUUUUUCAUAUUGUUUAUUUUUACAGUUACUUUUGUGGAAGCGUUUGAAAAUUGUAAUAGUAUCAAAAUUCCACUAAGUAUAUCAUAUAUUGCUGUUUCUACCAUCCUUAAAUGUUCUGAGCACAAUUUUUUUUGGUAAUAUUCUCUCAACAUUCAUGAUCUAACGGUAAAUAAGAUUUGGAUUUGAUGACUUGGUUUUCUUUUUGUCAAUCAGGUCUUAAAUGCAGGCAAGAAUAAGCUUAAGUCUAUGAAUGAGGCCUGAUCAAUUACAUCUUUACGAGCAAUAAUUUUUAAUGAUAAUGAAAUUAGUUCAAUUUGCCAGCUUGAUCAAAUGAAAGAAUUGAACACGAUUGGUAUUACUAUACAUUAUCUGUUAUUCAUUUUAGCUCUCUCUCUCUCUCUCUCUCUCUCUCUCUCUCUCUCUCUCUCUCUCUCUCUCUCUCUCUCUGCUUAUUCUUGAAAUGAGAGUAAAACAUUAAAUACCUACUGUAAUGAUAGCAAAAUCAAUCUGUAGUUAAUGACAAAAUUUGAACCCUGAAAACAUUUUAGAAGCAUCUCUUAUUUGGUUAAGAACUUUGCAUUCGCCUUGGCGUUCAAAGUACUAAAACAAAUCAACUGGUUUUUGUGGUGUUAAAUGAUGUUGAUACAGUAGAGUAUCAUUGAUGAUAUGACAAUGCAUAAGUGGGUUGGGUGAGAUUGAUGGUCUCUCAGACCAAGUUUUGGUAUAAUGUAUGGUGGAAACAGUGCU